AUGAAUCAACUUCGGGCCCACCGUACCAGAAGUGUGAUCGACUACCAAGUUGAUAUAUCCCUGGCCAUCGAAAUCCUCAAUCAGCUUGAACUUGCUAUCGAUGCUCUCUUCAUCAAGGGCAUAUACACUCACUACCAGAAUGCUCUUGAUUACACAAACGAACUUCUGUAUUGCCUUGACAGAAGUGUGGUAGAUGAGGGCUCCACGCCCUAUAUCACUACAACGCCUGGUGACAACAGCGCGGUUCCGAACAUCGUCAUAUGCCAGCCAAACCUCGUCAAGUAG